GGUGCGCCCGCUGCCCCCGCCGGCCACCCCAGCAGCCACCAGGAUGAGCGCGGACAAGGCGACGGCCAGCCCGUCCAGCAACCGGGUCAAGCUGGACAAGGCCAACAACUUCAUGCGUCAGUUUCGCGACGCCGAAAGUCGCCAGCUGAAGAAGCUGACAGCCAACCAGUUCAUGGAGGUGUGGAGCCACUACGACGAAGACGGUUGUGUCGGAUGCCAUGUUGGCAGAGCUCAAGGAGUGCUUCAUGGAGGCGUAUGAUGACAACCAGGACGGCCGGAUCGAAAUCCGAGAGCUGGCCCAACUGCUACCCAUGGAGGAAAACUUUCUGCUGCUGUUCCGCUUCGACAACCCCCUGGAGUCGAGCGUGGAAUUUAUGAAGAUAUGGCGCCAGUAUGAUAAGGACAACUCGGGUUAUAUCGAGGCUGACGAGCUGAAGGCGUUCUUGCGCGACCUCCUGAAGGAAGCCAAGAAAGCCACCGAGGUCUCCGAGGACAAGCUCAUCGAGUACACUGACACUAUGCUCCAGGUGUUCGACGCCAACAAAGACGGAAAACUGCAGCUCUCUGAAAUGGCAAAAUUGCUGCCAGUUAAGGAAAACUUUCUUUGCCGUUCGGUAUUCAAGGGCGAUUCCGAAUGGGGUGCUUCGAAGCUCACAAGGGAUGACAUCGAACGAGUGUUUGCGCUAUACGACAGAGAUAAUAGUGGAACUAUUGAAGAUGACGAACUAACGGGUUUCCUGAAGGACCUUCUCGAGCUGGUGAAGAAGGAUUACGAUGCCAAGGAUCUGGAUGAGUUCCAAGAGACCAUUCUGCGAGGGUGCGACUUCAACAGAGACGGGAAGAUCAACAAGAAGGAACUGACCAUGAUCCUGAUGGCACUGUCUAAACACAACGAAGAAGAGACGGAGCAGCAUCAGUGCUCUUCGACGUCCGCCGUUCCGAGCGCCAUUGGGGAAAUCACGAGCUUUGGAAUGCGAGCUUUGCGCAUGCAGAAGCUGCGUGUGCGACACUUCGUCAACCGCACUUUGGGAACGUCAUCCCCUGUUCCGAACAACACGGCCAAGAGUUAGUCUGGCCUCGCGCCUCGGAGGACGACCACGGCAGCUGACACCUACCGGAGACCCUGCCAACUAGAAUUGCGAAUGGGUGGCGUGCAGAGUGUGGCCGUCAUUUUCAGCCGAGGCGAUUUGUUAUGUAGCCAGCUGUCUGCGAGUGUGUUUCUUGUGCCGUGAUGCAUUCGCUUUGUGGUGGAUUUGAUAUAUGGAGUAAAAGUGAUCAGUAUGGGGAUGGCUAAUCUGGUUUUGAAUCCAUAUAUCUUAGCGAAGGUGCUGGUAAAUGCGUGUGCUUCGCGUUUGCUUUGAAAUCGUAAUGGUCAACGCAACCCGUUUUUUUCCUGUUCCAUUAUGAGUGCAUUUCGUGGUGGGAAGUUCUUUCAAAGAUGAAGUGGCAUCUGUAUUAAUCCGGUGGAUAUGUUGUGUUGGCCGGGAGUGUGCUUUUGUCUUUCUUCGUCAGUCUGACGACCUCUGGAGCGCAAGUCCUCAGCACUGGACCCGCGUUGCAAGCCCUGCCGUUGCUGACCAGCCAGCCGCAGAGCUCAAACCUUUUAUUUUCGGGGAGAGCUCAUAUGCCUGUGUCAGUGGCAACAGCAGGCUUUGUUAUUGGAUUGCGCACUUCAGGCCGUGUCUGACGAAGUGACAGCCGACCUUGAUUUGGCGCGGCGAGUUAGGUUUGACCUUAAGCGUGCAUUAUAGCCGAGGGAAUAUUGCUGGAUGUUUUCUUAUGUGGUGCGUGUCUCGUUUAACUCGCCAUAAGAUCGAAGUUUAGGCCACACAUAAGAAGACGGCUGCCUUUAGCCAUUGUAUUACUUGCUUCAGUGGACCUCUGGUGUGAAUCGGUCUCUGAAGUGUGCUAACAGGUGGCUCGUACUUUCAUGAUUGACCGUAAAUCGGUUUGUGUCAAAGUCGUCGGCGAACACUGCAGCGCUAGUGUCAUUAUGCACCAGCGUUGUCAUGUGCGUGUCGCCCUUGUGACACAGCGGUACGUGAAUUCUUCAUGGUAAAAUCUGUCAGCCAGAGGUCGACCAACGGGCAAAAGCGAGACCAGAUCCUGCCCCAUGUUGCAAACAACAUUUUUCUUUCUUCCAAUCAGCGUAAUCAUAUUUGACUAACUUCCACGCCCUGAAAUUCUCGCCAACUCCAGAGGUUCACGUGUGCUUCUUUGGUGCGGCAGCCGACGCCAGUGUUGUUGGAGCGGGUGUGUUCGUGCGGAGCGUGGCUGACCGAGUGGUGGCGGGUGGCGCGGUGCUGCCGUCGCGGGCGCCGCGGGUCAGCCGGGCGCGAGGACCGGCCUCCUGUGGCCGCAUGUGUGGUGGCGGGUCUCGGCCGCCGGCUCCCGACCGGCGCGAACUCUCCAGACGUUUCUAUCUCUAGAUGUCACCAGUCUCGGCCUGCCGUCAGGCCUGCGCCCUCUCUGUGUCUACUCGGCCGCCGGUGUCGGUGGCGUCCGUGGGCGCCCGUGUGAGCCGCGCUGUCGGCGGCCCGCGUCGGGGC